ACCGGACGUUGUCGCUGUGUUAUAAAGUUUUGUAAACAAUGUGCUUGAGGUAAAAGUGGGACACUUAACUUCAAAUCGAAUUAAAAGGGACAUAAAAUCAAGGAUAUCAUAUCUAUCGUUGAACACGACCAACACAUACCAAAACCACCAUAUAAAAAGGGAUAUAAACAUUUUGACAAUGAUGAACAUCAAAUUUUGCUCGGAUUAGUUUGGAUAUAGAGAGAUAAUGAUUUUAUGGCGGCUCAAGACGAUGUGGUUGUACAUAAUGACAACCGCGAUAGCGUUGCUGAUGUGUAAUUGUGAUGGAUUUGGUAAAGUUUGUAAGUGCAUAAACCAGAGUGGAACUAAAGGAAAUGAAUGGGGAUCAUUGGCGAUAGCAUCUAAUGAAAGUCGUUUAAAUGGAUACGAGUGUGCCCUAAUUUAUAUUCGUGGAGCACCUGGCGAAAUUGUCGAGUUACGAUUUUACGACAUCAACUUAAGAAAAGGAUGCCAAGAUGAAUUUCAAAUUUUUCCACAUCUGAAAGAAUCAAUGAUAUCUGAUACGGCCAUACCAGAAGAAGUAAUUUGUGCAGAAAAUGCCGGACAAUUUGUAACAACAAACACAUCAUUGCAAAGUGAUUCGGUGGAUGCCACAGUGACUAACAAUAUCGUCGAAAAAAGUGAUGUUGACCAUACAUAUGAGGACAAUCAGUCAGCCGGACAUAAAUCAUUCAAUGGAAAUGAAGUUGUUGCUGUUGAACGGAGAAAAACGCUGUUCAGUUCGGAUAAUAUAUUUGGUUUACGAUUGGACUUUAAACAUGCUCUCGAUUUUCCAAACACUUAUUUCAGCAUUUCUGGAUCAUAUCGAUUUGUUGAUAAAGGCCGAACACAAUUGUCGAGAUUGAGUUUCAGGCAAUUCAUUUUGCGGAGAAUAGACUGAGAAGCUGCAUCAAUUCAACCGAAAAAAUUACCAUAUAUGACCAUAAAAUUGCCGAUAAAAUUUUCGUUAUUGAUGUACUGUGCAAUGUGAAACAAAACAAACAAAUAACCAGUACCGGACCAAAUCUUGUGAUUGAAUUUGAAUCGAGUUCAAAUC